UCUGGAUCUCGUCUAUAAAUAGAGAGCUUUGGGCGGGUUCAAAGAGCCGUGAAAGCAGGGCAUUCGGUGAUUGAGUGCACGGAAGUCGCUAGGGAUUCGUUUGCAUCUACGUUCCCUUCGACGUUCUAAGCUCAAAGAAGAUGGAUUCCUUCCUGUUCACCUCUGAAUCCGUGAAUGAGGGACACCCUGACAAGCUCUGUGACCAGAUCUCUGAUGCCGUGCUCGAUGCUUGCCUUGCCCAGGACCCUGACAGCAAGGUUGCCUGCGAGACCUGCACUAAGACUAACAUGGUUAUGGUAUUUGGUGAGAUCACCACCAAGGCCAAUGUAGACUAUGAGAAGAUCGUCCGUGACACCUGCCGGGAAAUUGGCUUUGUCUCUGAUGAUGUUGGUCUAGAUGCUGACAACUGCAAAGUGCUUGUUAACAUUGAGCAGCAAUCCCCUGAUAUUGCCCAGGGUGUCCAUGGCCACUUCACUAAGCGCCCUGAGGAGAUUGGUGCUGGUGAUCAAGGACACAUGUUUGGAUAUGCUACCGAUGAGACCCCUGAGCUGAUGCCUCUCAGCCAUGUGCUUGCUACCAAGCUCGGUGCUCGCCUCACUGAGGUCCGGAAGAAUGGGACAUGUGCCUGGUUGAGGCCUGAUGGCAAGACACAGGUGACUGUAGAAUACGGCAAUGAACACGGCGCCAUGGUUCCCAUCCGUGUCCACACUGUCCUCAUCUCCACCCAGCACGAUGAGACUGUGACCAAUGAUGAGAUUGCCGCAGACCUCAAAGAGCAUGUCAUUAAGCCUGUUAUCCCAGAGCAGUACCUUGAUGAGAAGACCAUCUUCCAUCUCAACCCAUCAGGCCGCUUUGUCAUUGGUGGUCCUCAUGGUGAUGCAGGACUUACUGGCCGUAAGAUCAUUAUUGACACUUAUGGAGGCUGGGGUGCCCAUGGUGGUGGUGCCUUCUCAGGCAAGGAUCCCACCAAGGUCGACCGCAGUGGUGCCUACAUUGUGAGACAAGCUGCCAAGAGCAUUGUUGCCAAUGGGCUUGCUCGCCGUUGCCUUGUUCAAGUGUCCUAUGCCAUUGGUGUGCCAGAACCUCUUUCCGUGUUUGUUGACACCUAUGGCACUGGCAACAUCCCCGACAAGGAGAUCCUUAAGAUUGUGAAGGAGACUUUCGACUUCAGGCCGGGAAUGAUCACCAUCAACCUUGACCUCAAGAGGGGUGGCAAUGGCCGGUUCCUCAAGACUGCGGCAUACGGACACUUUGGCCGGGAUGACUCUGACUUCACAUGGGAGGUGGUCAAGCCCCUCAAGUGGGAGAAACCAGCUGCCUAAACCAUUCUAUUAUUCAUAUUCAUAUCUGAUCUGAGUAUACAUCUGUCUUUUUUUCUCUUUUUUUUUUAAAAAUCUUUUUGGUGUUGUUGAUUGAUGCAAUCUCUCUCUCUCUCUCUCUCUCUCUCUUACCCGGUUGUCCUAAGUUUCAGUCUCUAUAUUUGUUUAAUUGUUACCCCGUAUUUUAUGUUGUUUUGUAGUUCACCUCUUGCUCUUUUUUAUUGGAGUUGUAAGCCUUUGUUUGUUUAUGAUGAAAACAAAUUGAAGGAUUGGAAUACUUUUUA